AUAAAAAAUCGCUGUCUACCUUUGCAACAUCCUCAGAUUUGAUUAUACAAAAAUUUCCCAACUUAGCGCUCAGUAGAGUCAUGAACAGAAUUUCUACUGUCACAUUAGAGUUGUUGCGUUUUACUCAAAUACACUUAAAGUUGACUCAAGACCUUGUAAGUUUACGCAAGCAUUUGGCUUUGUUUCAUACAAAAAACAAUUAUUUUUGAUUGAAUUCAUUAAUUGAUAAGAACAUAAGUCACCAAUAAUAUUCGACAAUUCUACAAUCAUGUAUGGCGCUGUAACGGGGCUGGGUAUUUUUGUAUUGACAUUUAUUUUAGGCUGUGACGGAUUCGACUAUCCCGCACUAGAAGAAAUGAAAUAUAAAAGAAACCCAGCGCCUGACGGUCACAGAUGCGGCGUGUGCCCAACCUAUUUUCAGAAAAUCUGCGCCUUCAAUUUUGGGACUAACGCCACCUACAUUUUCGACAACCACUGCGUUAUGGAUCUUUAUAAUUGUAUUGAAGGAACGGAGUUUGUUCCAAUUAAAUACGACCAUUGCAUAUACUUCGGUAACUUUGCAUACGUACAUGGGUAUAAAUACGAAGACGAGGAUUACGGCGAAGAUCACAUAAUAGUCAAGAAUACUAAAAAGAAUCCAGAUUUCAUUAGAUAAUAAAUACAGCAUUUUUUUAUUGUAAAUAAAUUUAACAUUGAGGCUAAGGCGUAAGCUUAUGGCAAUUAUAUAAGACAUUUACAGCUUCUAACGUAGUGUUGUAUUCUCUUUGCUUAGCAGACCCUAAGGCUCUUGCAUAUGAAACGUAAUUUUGUUAUAAUAAAAUUCCUAUUCGUAAAUUUCUGUAUGUUUGAACAUGCCCAAAUAUCGAUAUACUAUUUCUAUAAAUAUUUUAUAAAA